UGAGAAUUCAACGUGCUCAAAUCAAAAAACUAAACAGCGCGGAUUCGGAUUCUCCGAAACUAUGUUGUUUUUCUGCCCGUCGUGCGGAAAUAUAUUGAUUAUCGAGGAGGACACCAACUGCCAUCGCUUCACGUGCAACACCUGCCCGUACAUAUCGAAGAUCAGGCGCAAGAUCUCCACGAAAACCUUUCCACGCCUCAAGGAGGUGGAUCACGUGCUGGGCGGCAAGGCGGCGUGGGAGAACGUAGACUCCACGGACGCAGAGUGUCCAACGUGCGGCCAUAAGCGGGCGUACUUUAUGCAAAUCCAGACGCGGUCGGCGGAUGAGCCCAUGACCACGUUUUACAAGUGCUGCAACCACGAGUGCAACCACACCUGGCGAGACUAAUGCGCCGCCUUCAAACGAGCCUUUAUCGACUGCUCCGUGCUCACCACACAUCCAGCAGAAUGCAGCACCAAGCGAGCGAGCUGAGGACUCCAGUGUGCGCGGUGGGCGACGAGGCUGCUCUCCAGUUGGCCCGCCAGUGCCUGCUUGGUGGCCAAGUGAUUGCCCUGCCCACCGAUACCGUGUAUGGCCUGGCCUGCGAUGCCAACAACGAGACAGCCAUACAGCAGCUCUACGAGAUUAAGGGUCGCGAUGAACACAAGCCCGUGGCCAUCUGCGUUCACAACAUCGAUGCGUUGCGACGCUUUGGUCAGGCUGCCCAUCUCAGCGACGAGCUGCUAACUCGUUUGCUCCCGGGCCCCCUGACCAUCGUGAUCGAGCGGACGUCCCAGCUGAGCAACCGUUUCCUUAAUCCCAGCACCUCCAAAAUCGGCAUACGCAUUCCGGACUUCAACUUCAUGCGCGACCUGUGCGCCGUGUGGCAGGAGAAGCCCCUGGCCCUGACCAGCGCCAAUCGCUCCAGUGCGCCCAGCAGUCUGCAGGUGUCCGAGUUCCGUUCCCUAUGGCCCCAAUUGGGCGCCGUCUUCGAUGCCGGUCGAAUCGGUCUGACCGAGGAGCGACGACUGGCCUCCACGGUCAUUGACCUGGCCACUCCUGGCUACUAUGAAAUAGUGCGCGCCGGCGUGGCUCUCAAGCCGACACUCAGCCUCAUGGAGGAGUUCGGCAUUCGGGAGCUAAAAAUGAUGUAGUAUAAGAGCUAUUCCUUUGGCUUUAACUUUAAUUUUUACUUUGGAACAUCCUACUUUGCUUUGCAUGCGGGAACACAACAAAUUGUUUAUAAAAUAUACGGUUCAGUAUGU